AUGUUGCAUAGCCACGGGAUACCUGUGCCCGCGCCGCGUCCCCCCUCGUUGGCCCGCCAUGCCUUGGAGUGGGGCACCGCCGCGUCCGCCAACAUUCCUCCCCUCCGCGUUCGCAUUCCUCCCCUCCGCGUUCGCAUUCCUCCCCUCCGCGUUCGCAUUCCCCUCCGCGUUCGCAUUCCUCCCCUCCGCGUUUGCAUUCCUCCCCUCCGCGUUUGCAUUCCUACAUUCCUCCCCUACGCGCUCGAAUUCCUCCCCUACGCGCUCGAAUUCCUCCCCUACGCGCUCGAAUUCCUCCCCUACGCGCUCGAAUUCCUCCCCUACGCGCUCGAAUUCCUCCCCUACGCGCUCGAAUUCCUCCCCUACGCGCUCGAAUUCCUCCCCUACGCGCUCGAAUUCCUCCCCUACGCGCUCGAAUUCCUCCCCUACGCGCUCGAAUUCCUCCCCUACGCGCUCGAAUUCCUCCCCUACGCGCUCGAAUUCCUCCCCUACGCGCUCGAAUUCCUCCCCUACGCGCUCACAUUCCUCCUCUCCCCCUCCUCGCUCACAUUCCUCCCCUCCUCGCUCAUAUUCCUCCCCUCCGCGCACACAUUCCUCCCCUCCGCACUCACAUUCCUCCCCUCCCUCUCCACGCUCACAUUCUUCCCCUCCCCCCCUGCACUCACAUUCCUCCCAUCCACGCUCGCAUUCCCCCCCUUGCGCUCGCAAUACUCCCCUCCACGCUCACAUUCCUUCCCUCACUAG